AUGGCAAAAUUGCAAUUAAAACUUUUUGUUGUUCUCUUCAUCUUCGUUGCCGUUACGACAGCAAUAUCCAUUAGAACUGAAACAGUAAACCUUGAAAAACGAACCGUCACGUGUCCUUACAAUUCUAAAAGGAAUAUUUUGAGUAAAAGAAACGAAGAUAAAGUGUGCAAGUGUACAAUCGCCGAAUCGACUUUCAGUUCUUCAUUUAGUGGUUUCUCCUUCUACUCUCAAGACGAGUGUGGUAGGACUACCAUCGCAGGAAUGUUUAGCCGUGGGUUUGAGAUUUUCAAUUCUACCGACGAUAUUAGAUUUGAAAUAGUUGAUAGUUGCAAUCGCACACUCCAUGAUCUCACGGAUGGAUUGAAUGUUCAAUUUAAUAAUGAUGGAAGUACGAAUCCAUUUAUUCACACCUUUGAUGAAAUUAAUUUAGAUUGUUUUGAGGAUGGUAUCCUUUUCCCGCAAAUUGGUAAAAAUAGCAAACGUAGUUGUGAUGGAAAUCAACGUCGUGACAGUCCAAAUGCAAUGACCGUUAAAGAGGGUGAUGACAUUAAAGAAAAAGCGAGUGUUAAUAAUGUGCCAAGAUAG